AUGCACAGAUAUUUAUUAAAUUACUCGUAUAUAGGAACAGGUGUUCAAAAGAAUGUGCCUAAGUCUGAUACAUAUGUAGUUGAUCAAAGUACUGUUCAAGGAGUUAUUGAACUUGCAUUGGGACGGUUUAAUAAUCAUGAUCCACCUGCAGUCUCCAUUUCCAGCAGGUACUAUGAGAUUCUACGAUGGAUGGCUAUACUAAAACAAGAAUAUUCAUUAAAUAACUAUCGACCUACUAUUUUGCAAUAUUUUGUUGAAACACCCAUCGAAGAACAGAAUAGAUGUAUAUUUAUUCCGAAUCCCAAGUUUGAUGUAGAAGCCUUCCGCAAAGCAGCCAAAUUAUUAGAAGGCUAUCAUGAUUUUAGAACUUUCAUGACAACAUUGUCAAAAGGAUCUCCUCCAGUGCACACAUUGAGAUACAUACAUGAAGUCUCAAUAGAGAAAUCAACUAGCACCAGUUUGCCUUUCAAUAACGCUUCCAAUUAUUUUGACUACUGGGAUAUAAAGUUUAAGGGAAAGUCAUUUUUAUAUCGACAGGUGAGACGCAUGGUAGGAGUCUUGUUAGCAGUCGCACAGCACAGAAUAACUGAGCAAGAUGUUAUUACGAUGCUUCAAGUUCCCUCACCACAUUCCUGGUGUACCAGUGUAAGAUCGAUGCCACCUCAUGGUUUGUACUUAUGUGAUGUUGAGUAUCGUGAUGAAGAUUUGAUGUUACCUCUUGAUUAUAUAGAAAAGCAUCAAAAUUCAAAAGAAAUUUAUGAUACAGCGAACUUGCGGCACAUUAAAUAUUAAGUUGAU